AAGCAGCGUCACAUUUCACCGCCGGUCCCACAGUUUAAGAGCAGCGAGUCUCUCCGUUGAAUCACACAUUUUCUCCUGUUCAGAGAAAGAAAAAGAAGUCAUGGCAAGAACCAAGCAGACCGCUCGUAAAUCCACCGGAGGCAAAGCUCCCAGGAAGCAGCUGGCCACCAAGGCUGCCCGUAAGAGCGCCCCGGCCACCGGCGGCGUGAAGAAGCCUCACCGUUACAGGCCCGGUACCGUGGCUCUGAGAGAGAUCCGUCGCUACCAGAAAUCCACCGAGCUGCUGAUCCGCAAGCUGCCCUUCCAGCGCCUGGUCCGAGAAAUCGCUCAGGACUUCAAGACCGACCUGCGCUUCCAGAGCUCCGCUGUCAUGGCUCUGCAGGAGUCCAGCGAGGCUUACCUGGUAGGACUCUUCGAGGACACCAACCUGUGCGCCAUCCACGCCAAGAGGGUCACCAUCAUGCCCAAAGACAUCCAGCUGGCCCGCCGCAUCCGUGGAGAGAGAGCUUAGACUCACCCGCUACCACACCACCACAACAAAACGGCUCUUUUAAGAGCCACCUCACUCUCAACUCAAGAGCUCAUUUCCUCUGCUGGCUUCAAAUGUUAAAUCAUAUUACUGAAUAAUUUGUAUUUAAAAAGAAAAGAAAACAAAGCCUUUAACGUUAAAUUCACUAUACCUAGCUUGAUAAAAUAAAAACACUUAACCUCCACUCCAACUAAAGCCAUAACAUACAAUAUAUUGCUGUAUGGAUAAAAACUGUUUG